GGCUGAACCACUCGUACAACUAGCGGACUCCUGCGGCACAGAAAGUGAGUUAAAUGCCAAGUUGACAGAUAAAAAACAUUUUUAAAAAAAUACGCAUCUGAGUCGUGUUUUUGGUGCGCUUGGGCGCAUUUCUUUGAAGAGGUGAAGUCUGAGGAGGCGCUGCUGCUGUUCCUGAGAGCGGAACCGAGUGGGACGGACUUGGAUGUUAGUCAGGAGCUCCCGAUGCGACAGUAAAGAUCCAAAGAAAUUUCACCAGCAACUAACGCACCAUGGGGAAGAAAAUAUGUGGAACCAACUACCCGCUCAGCAUCUGCUUCAUAGUGGUGAAUGAGUUCUGUGAACGGUUCUCCUACUAUGGCAUGAAAGCACUGCUGACCCUUUACUUCGUCACCUACCUGCACUGGGACAAGGACCUCUCCACUGCUAUCUAUCAUGCCUUCGGUGGCCUCUGCUACUUCACACCCAUCCUGGGAGCUCUUAUCGCUGACUCCUGGCUCGGAAAAUUCAAGACCAUCAUCUACCUGUCCAUUGUUUAUGUGAUAGGCCAUGUAGUGAAGUCGGUGGGAGCCAUUCCCACUGUGGGCGGCCGGGACGUGCACAUUGCUUUGUCCAUGUUGGGCCUGAUCCUCAUCGCUUUUGGCACUGGAGGAAUCAAACCCUGUGUGGCAGCAUUCGGAGGAGACCAGUUUGAGGAUGAGCACGUCAGAGAGAGACAGAAAUUCUUCUCGAUUUUCUACAUGUCAAUCAAUGCUGGGAGCCUCUUGUCAACUAUAAUUACACCCAUAUUGAGAGGUGAUGUUCAGUGUUUCGGUGGUGACUGCUAUGCUCUGGCCUUUGGAGUUCCUGCAGCUUUGAUGGUUGUGGCUUUAGUUGUGUUCAUUGCUGGCAGCGGUAUGUACAAGAAGAAUCCUCUCCAAGGAAACAUCCUGUUGGAAGUCUGCAAUUGCGUUGGAUUUGCCCUCAGAAACCGCUGGUACAGAUCGAAGCACGAACCUCGGAGGAGCCACUGGUUGGACUGGGCCGAAGAGAAGUACUCGAAGCGUCUGAUUCAGGAGAUUAAGAUGGUUCUUCGGGUUCUGGUGCUCUAUAUCCCCCUGCCAAUGUUCUGGGCUCUGUUUGAUCAGCAGGGUUCCCGCUGGACGCUUCAAGCCACGAGGAUGAACAUGGCUUUUGGAGAUGCUUUCAGUAUCAAGCCUGACCAGAUGCAGAUGCUCAACGCUCUGCUGAUUCUUGUCUUUGUGCCCAUCUUUGACCUCAUCAUAUAUCCGCUUGUUGGCCUUUGCAGAAUCAAGAUCACGCCUCUGAGGAAAAUGGCUACAGGAAUGAUUUUUGCAGCGCUGGCCUUCGGAGCUGCCACACUGGUGGAGAUCAGCGUUGUGAAAACUGUGGUGGAUCCUGCACCUGCAAAGAAUAGUCUGCUGCAGGUUGUGAACCUGGCAGGAGGUGAUGCCAGUGUGAAGGUCCUCGGCACCGACCUGUUUCCAGAACCGAUACCAUACUUCCAUGAUUCUCCUACAUAUGAGACAUUUCCACUGGAAGGCCCCGCCAAGUACGCUUACAUUACAGUUACUUCCCUGGGAGCAGAUACAGAGUGCAACCAGAGGUUUGAAGAAGAGGAGGCCUACAGUCUCAUCUUAUUCCCAGGACCUGCUGGAACUCAGUGCAAACUUGUAGAAGACUACAUAAUGAAAAACGAAGACGGGAAUCCUUUAGUGAGGUUCCUCAACACACUGCCGGAGGACUUAAACAUAACAGUUGGAACUGUGCUUUUCAACGUGUCCUCUGAGUACAGUGUGUCUCCAAACCAGACUGUCAGUCAGGGAGUAUACUCAGACGUCACGUGCUGCUUAAAGUCAGGCGAGUGCUAUAGACUUGAUCUGGGCUUGCUGGACUUUGGCGCUAUCUACACCAUCAUACUCAAGGAGGAAUCGGGUAAAAUCGUGGCUCACAAAACGGAGGAUGUGAAAGCGAACAACGUGCACAUCGCCUGGCAGAUUCCUCAGUACGCCCUCAUCACGGCUGGAGAGGUCAUGUUCUCCAUCACGGGCCUGGAAUUCUCCUACUCACAGGCUCCAGCCAACAUGAAGUCGGUCCUGCAGGCUGGCUGGCUGCUCACGGUCGCAUUUGGGAACGUCAUAGUGCUGAUUGUGGCAGAAGGAGCGGGACUAGAACAGUGGAAAGAGUUCUUGCUGUUUGCCAGCCUGUUGCUGGGCGUCUGCAUCAUCUUCUCCAUCAUGACCUGCUUCUACACCUAUGUCAACCCUGAGCAGCUGGAGAAGUUUUACCUGGAAAAUUCAGGGAAGGAGGGAGACAACAACGAGAACAUGAAGAAGAAAAAUAACGACGUACCACUGAAAAAAACAGGGAAGGGCACCAGACUGUAAUUUCUUGCCUUCUUGGAAGUUUUAUGGUUUUUAAGGUAUAAUUUUUGUGAAAAUGCAGCACUAAAAUAUGAUCGUUGGACAUUUCUUGUGGUUUUUAAGUCCAGUAUUUGUGACAUUUACAGAUGGAGUCAGCGAUUGUGGAAACAGAUUUUUUUUUAGCUAGUUAGCAUGUUUCAAUAGAAAACCUGUGAACAGUCUUGCAUAGUCAUUCUACACAGUGGUGGAGAAUGGUCUGACUGCACCUCAUUAUCAGUACAACUACUCACAAUAGUAUCUAAACUAUCAGUUAUUUAUAAUCAAGAAGACUGAUAAUCAAAAUUGGAAAUGGAUAUGAAUUUGUAGAAAAAAAUGUAAUCUUGGUAUAAAAAUUUAAAAUAACACUCCAACAUAAAUCUAAACUUUAUUGAAAUGCACUAUUGUUAUGCUAUUAUUGUUUUCCAUAUGUUUACUUAACAGAAGACUUUAACUUUUAUUUGAUCUAAUAGUUGGCCAAACUGAUAAUCAGUUAACCCCUGGAUGGCAGUUUUGUUUGGCAGAACCAAGCCCAAGAUGCAGAAACUAUGUCAAAUUAGAUGAAGAGGAACUUGUGUUGGUGGAACAUUUGCACAUGGAGAGGAGGGAAUUGUCAUUAAAAUUGAUAAUUUCUAGAAAGAACCAAGCAGGUCUGCCAUAUUGCACAAUUCAUGUGAUCAGAGGUUGCCAUUUUCAGCAUGUAGGUUGUUUCUCAGAGGUUGUGGUUGUUGUUGUUAUCUGUAACUUAGUAGAUUUUGAUAAUAGUAACUAUGAACUUACACACGUGGACGAAAUUGUUGGUACCCCUCCGUUAAUGAAAGAAAAACCCACAAUGGUCACAGAAAUAAUUUAAAUCUGACAAAAGUAAUAAAAAAUAAACAUUCUAUAAAAAUUAACCAAUGAAAAUCAGACGUUGCUUUUGAACCGUGGUUUAACAGAAUUAUUUUUAAAAAUAAACUCAUGAAACAGGCCUGGACAAAAAUGAUGGUACCCUUAACUUAAUAUUUUGUUGCACAACCUUUUGAGGCAAUCACUGCAAUCAAAUGAUUUCUGUAAUUGUCAAUGAUACUUCUGCACCUCUCAGCAGGUAUUCUGGUUCACUCCUCAUGAGCAGACUGCUCCAGUUGUUUCAGAUUUGAAGGGUGCCUUCUCCAGAUGGCAUGUUUCAGCUCCUUCCACAGAUGGUCAAUAGGAUUUAGAUCAGGGCUCAUUGAAGGCCACUUCAGAAUAGUCCAGUGUUUUCCUCUUAGCCAUUCUUGGGUGUUUUUAGCUGUGUGUUCUGGGUCAUUAUCCUGUUGCAAGACCCAUGACCUGCAACUGAGACCAAGCUUUCUGACGCUGGGCAGCACAUUCCUCUCUAGAAUACCUUGAUAGUCAUGAGAUUUCAUUGUACCCUGCACAGAUUCAAGACACCCUGUGCCAGAUGCAGCAAAGCAGCCCCAGAACAUAAAGGAGCCUCCUCCAUGUUUCACAGUAGGGACAGUGUUGUUUUCUUGAUAUGCUUCAUUUUUAUAUUGGUGAACAUAGAGCUGAUGUGCCUUCCCAAAAAGUUCCAAUUUUGUCUGGUCUGUCCAUACGACAUUCUCCCAGAAGCUUUGUGGCUUGUCAACAUGUAGUUUGGCAAAUUCCAGUCUGGCUUUUUUAUGAUUUCUUUUCAACAAUGGUGUCCUCCUUGGUCGUCUCCCAUGAAGUCCACUUUGGCUCAAACAAUGACGGAGAGUCUGAUCUGACACUGAUGUACCUUGACCUUGGAGUUCACCUUUAAUGUCUUUAGAGGUUGUUCUGGGCUCUUUUGUUGCCAUUCGUAUUGUCGGUCUCUUUGAUUUGUCAUCAAUUUUCCUCCUGCGGCCACGUCCAGGGAGGUUGGCUACAGUCCCAUGGAUCUUAAAUUUCUGAAUAAUAUAUGCAACUGUAGUCACAGGAACAUCAAGCUGCUUGGAGAUGGUCUUAUAGCCUUUACCUUUAACAUGCUUGUCUAUAACUUUCUUUCUAAUCUCCUGAGACAACUCUCUCCUUCACUUCCUCUGGUCCAUGUUUAGUGUGGUACACGUCACCAAACAGCACAGUGACUACUUGUAACCCUAGAAAUAUGCCAACUGACUGAUUACAAGUUUGUAGACACCUGUGAUGCAAAUUAGAGGACACAUCUUGAUUGAACAUGUCCCUAUGGUCACAUUAUUUUCAGUCUUUUCUAGGGGUACCAUCAUUUUUGUCCGGGCCUGUUUCAUGAGUUUAUUUUUUAAAGUAAUUCUGUUGAACCACAGUUCAAAAGCAAUGUCUGAUUUUCAUUGGUUAAUUUUCAUAGAAUUUUAAUUUAUUAUUACUUUAGUCAGAUUCAAAUUAUUUCUGUGACCAUUGUGAGUUGUACCAACAAUUUUGUCCAUGUGUGUACUUUCCUAUCUUUACUUGAGAGUGUGUUUUUUGAGUUUGAGUCGAUUACUUCUUCAUUUUAUGUUCAGAUUUUGUAAUGCCUUCUCUCAAAACCCUGUGUUCUCGCUCAAGUUUGAAGUAAACGUACCUGCAAAGAGGAGAAUGUCUUUAGUCAGCGUCAUACCUGGCAUUUUAUUUGUUGAGGACUUUUUACAAAGGUUGUUUCACAUAAAUUCGAGUGUAAGAGCACAAACUUGAGAGCAGAAGCACAGAACAACUAUUCAGCAACAGUAUAUGAUCAUAUAAGUGCAAGAAAAUCAGCAGAUUGAGCAGCAACACAGCAGAUUUCUAUGUGAGCAAAGGUUAUUUAAGAAAUAGUGCAAGGUUUGGAGGGAAACCACACAAUAUCUGCCUUUAAAAUUAAAAAAAUAACGCUCUCAACCUAAAAGAACAUGUUCUUGAUUAAAGAUAGGGUCAUGCAGAUAGCAGGCGAUGAAAGAGACAUGAAAUGAAAGGCAGAAAUAGCAGGUUUAUACCUACAGUCACCAUGUGAUUAGUGAUGAAUGUACUCAGAACACACUAGAAUAGUGUUUUGUGGAGCCACACAAGCCACUUUGUUUCCCAUUUACAGAGCCAGAGCUGUGCGCGAAUACCAGAUUUUUUUAUUCAGCAUUCAGCUCACACAAAGAACAGACAGCCAGCAGACAAUGAGGAGAUAUUCACUGAAUUUGGCCAAAAAGUAUCUUUGAUUAGAACCACUGACAUUACCUUUAAUGUAUUCUGUGAAGCCUGUUUAACACUCCAGUCAUUUCCAAGUUAUAACUAUACAGCUGAAUUAUCUGAAUGAGACUCAGCACAUUAAAGUGUUUGAGACAAAAAAAAAUAUUUCUCACACCAUGAUCAAUAGUGUUAUUUUAGUAAAUUAAAAGAUUAUAUUUUGCAUAUAUUUGUUGCAUAUUAACUCAAUGUUAGAGUGUUGUAUUUUUAAUGCUGCUUACAUAAUAAUCAUAUCCUACAUCAUCUGUGACAGAACACAUGGGAGAAAUGAUUCAGUUUACACUGUGCCUUUAAGAAUGAUAUUAAAGCACAAUAGCUGGGUUUGACUUUCAGAAAUCAAAGCUCAUUGUUACCAAAUGUCUGAUGUCUUGAAUAUAUUACCAAGGAAACCAGUACCUAUCUGCACCUAUACUAUUAUACAGUACAACAUAUGAAGACCAGGGAAAGUUUACCAUAUAGAGACAACCAGCUUUAUUUUGUAUACUUGAUUCUUGCCUUUUUUAUGGAAAACAUUCUGAGAUAUCCUGGUAAGAAAAUUACAAGCUGAAAUCCAUUAAGCUGCUUCAGGUUCAGGUUCCAGGGGUUGUACAUGUUGGCUCACUGUCAUUAAAACAACUUCUCUUAAUGUCAGUAGUAACUUGUGUGCUUUUCCUACUGUGAAAAAUCAAAAUGUCUAGUGUGAAAAAGGCCUGUUGUGUAUGUGAUUUGUUCUUUAUGUGUUCAAACAUGCAAAACCGUGCAUAUUUUUAUAGUGUUUAUUCAGGAAAAAAGUAAAUGAUGCUCCUCCCUAUGAAAUUCUGUAAAUAAACUCUUGACUGUGA